GAUUUAACAUCAAUAACACGUGGUCACCUCGACAAGCUUAUAUAUAAAGUAAAAGGUGAUGCAAUAAACCAUUCAUUUGUAAGUGCAGGAAUGAUCAGAUGUUGUGUAGAAAAGUGCGGUCGUGUCUAGUCCCAAUAGGGGGCAGUGUUCUCAGGUAGAAUAUCCCACCAACUGAUCAGCUGUCCGCACACAGUCAAACACGCACACAAGCGCGGAGCGCAGGAGUGAAGCGCAGAGUUUUUCCAAACAGAAAGUGGUAGAGGUCGAGAAACACACACCGCAAUCCAGAGAACACCACACGGACUCGUAUCAGAAGGCUUUAAGAGGCUAAGACGGGAAACUGGUACGGAUAUAUUUAUAUUUUAUCAGAGUUUUGAGCAAUGCGCUGGCAGCAUGGCCAGAUGGUUCAAGGAGCACCUGGGUUUCAAAACCACCAAAGCCCCACCACCGGCGCCCCCGAAACCGGACUACAGACACUUCCACGCAACCGUAUCCAGUCCGCCCGGAUAUCACCUCCACCAGCAGCAACAAUCGCAGACGGGCACCGGGUUCAUGUCCGCUCAGCCCGAUAUUAUCACCGCGUACAAACUCCAGAAGGAACUGGACUUCGAAGAUCCGUACACGGGAGGCGGAAAUAUUCCCUUCUCCUCAGGACUUAGUUCAACGGGCUCGCCGGACGUCAAGUACGUGUCUCCGAAGCACCGGCUCAUAAAGGUGGAAGCGACCGAGAGGAGCGGGUCGAUUUCGGGCAGCGGUGGCGGGGUAACAGCGGUGAAGUCGCCGACCUCUCCACCUGCCGAACCCGAGUCCAGCAGCAACAAACAGGAGAAGCUCACCAUCCUAGAGGACUAUGCAGACCCCUUCGAUGCAGCGGACCAGGCAGGCGGCACCCAGACGGUCACAGAAAAGCCCUCAGAGGACGGUUACAUGGAGCCAUACGAGGCCCAGAAGAUGAUGGCUGAAAUCCGAGGUGGCCGUGGUUCUAAAGACGGUCAGGUACGGGAGCUACCUCUAUACGACACCCCUUAUGAGCCAGAGGAGAACGGAGGAGAGCUGGAUGGAGGCCGGUGCUCUCGGGAGAGCAGAUUACCCCAGGAUGACGAGAGGCCUCCGGAGGAGUACGACCAACCCUGGGAGUGGAAAAAAGAACGAAUAUCGAAAGCCUUCGCAGCUCUGCUUUGUUAUAACUGCAUUAGUCAUGAGGACUCGAGCAGCAGAGGACCAACCAGCAGAGAUGCCGACACCUCUAGACCCCUCAAAGUAGAGAUUAAAGUGAUAAAGGAUCUCCCGUGGCCUCCUCCGGUUGGGCAGCUCAACACCAGUCCUCCUAUAAUGGAGGGGGUGGAGGCUCCGUCCCAGCUGGCCCAGUCCUCACCAGGACAUAACGCCACAGCAACUGCCUGUGACCAGCUCCAACACGUGCAGUUUGACGGUGUGGAAAAGUCCAGAAUGUCGCCCACUAAAGACCUGAAGUCCCGCCCCAUCCAGCGGCACUCAAGCGGUUGCCUGGUCAACACUAAGAUGAGCUCAUUGGAUCACACUGCCCCCACAGUAGGAGAGCGUAUAGACCCCUUAAUGCCCUUGGAAAGCCAAUUCUGGUAUCACGGAGCGAUUAGUCGGACUGACGCCGAAUCUCUACUGAGGUUAUGUAAAGAGGCCAGUUAUCUGGUGAGGAACAGCGAGACCAGUAAAAAUGACUUCUCCUUGUCACUCAAGAGCAGUCAAGGUUUCAUGCAUAUGAAGCUGUCUCGGACCAAAGAUAAUAAGUAUGUACUGGGCCAGAACAGCUGCCUGUUUGACAGUGUGCCCGAGAUCAUCCACUUCUACUCCAGUCGCAAACUGCCAAUCAAAGGAGCCGAGCACAUGUCCCUGCUUUACCCGGUGGCAAUACGGACACUAUAGUGAUAGUGACUAUAAAGUGUACAGCGAACGCAGCCAUUCCUAAAUGCUUAACAAACACUGCAGAGUGUGUCAUUGAAUGAGAAACAUGAUCGUCUUCAUCAUUUUUCAUUGUAAGUCAUAUAAGCUUGUUAUAAAUGUGAAGUCUUGGCUCAUUUAGCUGAUUAAGCAUUUAUAAAUGGCUGCAUAAGACCAUCAAUAAACUAAAGUGCUACUGAAGUCCAAAAGGCAAAAAGGGAGAUUUCUGGAAAGCCUGAUUCGUCUCACCCGAGCUCAUGGACUAAUGGAGCAGAACUGACCACAGUACGGAAGAAAUGACUUAUCUGCAGCAUCACCUACUCGAACAUGCCUUCUCCUUGAUCCCAGACCUGCUCUCUCCCUCCUUGUUCACAUAAGUGGAUCUUUAGUCUUAGACCUGCACCCCCACACUUUAUCAAAUAUCAUCUGUGCUGUUACAUACUGUAAAACAUGUCAUGUCAUCUUCGUGGAAGUAUCAGUUUCUUUUCAUAUUUGGAUGAUGUCUAACAACUGAUUUAUGACCGGUUUGUUUAUUCUAACAAAUUGUAAAUCUCAAAACACAAAUUAUAAGGGAUUCCCAAGUAAUGUAAAAAUCUGAAAUGUUAUAAAUAUGCAUUCUAAUACAGUAAUAUAAGUACUGUAUUUUAAUGCGUUGACUUUUGUCUAGUUAUAUUUUGGUCUAAUAUUUAGUGAAUUCGACUUUUUUUUUUCAGCUGAGAUUUACAAAUUGGUCUGAAUGAUUCAUUAAGAAAUCUCAGUUUCAGUGGAUCUUAAAAUGAUGUAUCCAGAUGACUGAAAGGUCAUGAGAUAAUGUUAGGUGUAAAAUGUGGGAACCCUUUAAGGAGAGGCAAAACACUUCACAGUCCCUUUCUAUGGAGCGGGACAAGAGACAUAGCAACCAAAUUUCACUUUAAUUCUCAGAAUCGAAUCAUUUGGACUUCGUGUCAUAUUAUGGUCAUUUGGGUUCGGUAGAAUCAUCGAACAUAAUUAUCUUAAAACAAUACAGAAAAAGUGAAAUAAACUGGGUAACUAUUCUGGUUAAACCUACAGGACAUUUGUGCAUUGAACAGAGAAGUCCUGACUGAAUUUAAGUCAUAACUGUUGCUAUGCAUUUCUGAUCUAAGUGAUUUUUUUUAAUAAGUACGAUAGAGUUUAUUAUAUAGACCAUGAAAAUCACAGAAAACAAGAAGAACGUGCUGGUUAUUAAGUAAGACUGUGUGGAUGGGAAGAAAAGCGAUUUAAGUGUAUCGUAUAAUAGACUCUAUGCCACCCUACUGGGGAAAGAACUGGAUCGCAGUGUUUCUCAAGCGUGGAAAAGGACCUUUUAAUUUAAAGAAAAAAAUGAGUCACUUUAUACUCCAUGAGAGAUGAUCUCGAAUAAAGGGAAUGAGAUAUGCCUGUAUUGUCUACCUCAGAAAAUCAAUCCAUCCACUGAUCAAUAAGGUACAAUAACAUCGCAGAUAUCGAUGCAUUUGAUUCUGCCCAUUCUCUCAGAUUUCCACCAAAUUUCGCCCUUUUAGUUUUAGAAUAGCUUCUGUACCCGAACUCGAUCAAAAGCUCUCCGUCAUUUAUAUGGAAAGUCACACUGUAAUUUUGUGAUGCUCGUGACUUUGUGUCAAUGCCUUAUACUUUUAAUGCAUGGUUUUAAAAAGAAAAGGAAAAACAAGUAUGUCAAACUGAUUUACAAACGUUCUACCCUCGAUGAAUGUUUUGUGGCUGUAAUUUAUUAUGGAGAAAAAAAUAAUACUAUUGCUGGUGUUUUAGUCCUAGGCAACGAAGACUAUGAAGUUGUUCUCGGACAGUGGAUGUGUGUGUCUGCUGUAUGUGUGUGAUACUGCUGUGCCAUCAAUCUGACCUUACUUUGGAUUUGUCUCCCGUAUAAAUACUGAUACUCUGAUCGGUGCUCUCUUUUGCCGUGGAAAUCAUGAUGGACCAAUCAGAUCCCUGCCUUGUCACCUAUCUACUCAACAUAUCACAGUUUUGUCCCAUUUUCCAGCAGUCAACAGUUGUUUUUGGCUUUCUUUCGAAACUUUAUAAUACACUCAUGAGCUGGUGGUACAGACUUUCAGAUGAAAGCUUUGUGUAUUUAAUUAUUAACCUCAUUCCUUUAUUCCUGUGGUCUGGACGUUUGCUGUUUUUAGUCCGCUAGACUUUAUUUUACCGCGUUUACUUUUCUUAAUUGCUUCCUUUUGAACGCAUUGUUUUCUUAGCAGAAUUUUUAAAAGGACAGUUCAUCCCAAAAAUGUUGUCAUCUUUCACUCAUGUCAUUCCAAACUGUUUGUUCUUUUAUUAAAAAAAGAAACCAUUUUGAAGCUGUUAAUAGGACUAAAGAACAACGAUAAAGUAUAGAACAUAUUCUUUCCAGCUGUGUGAUGGCUUCAUACAGUAAGGGCCAGACCAAAUGUAUACAAUCUGUGAUAGCUUAUUAUUCCUAAAUAUCAUCGCUGUCCUUCUGAAACAUCGCAUGUCUAAAUUCACAGUUUUUCAGGAAAUGGAAAAUCACUGUACUUUUUCAAUAAUUACAUACAGUGUUGGCAGGGUUGACUAGCACCUUUAAAUUAUUUUUAUUGAUAUUUGCAAAACCCAAAGACAAACAUAUAGAGUGACUAAUAAUAAUGAUUUAUGACCAAAAAAAUAGGUUUUACAAUAACACCAUUGAUAUUCAAAAUUCAGCACACCAAAAAGUCACACAACCAAAACAAAAAAACAAUGGGUUUGGAAUGUCAACAGAGUAUGCGAUCAAAUAAUUUCUCUGAAUUUUAUUUAGUGUACAGUUCCUUUAAAAGAUUCCAAACCUCAAUCUGAUUUGCAGUAAACCUGUAUAAAGCUCUGUUCUUACUGUCAAAUCUGCCAGACAUGGUUGAACCACAUCAUUGGAUUAUGCCGCAAUGUGAAACUAUUAAUGCUCUUGAUAACAUCUCAUUGUUAAUUGCAUCUUCCAGUAAUUCUGUAAUUAUUCAAACAAACCUGAAGAUAACCGCUCUCAACUGCUCCAGAUCCAUUUCCCUCCGUCUCAGGGGUACAAUGAAAAGGAGCAUCGUGUACGUGUCUUUCCUGGAAGUGCAUUUGUGUUGCUGUAGAGAUGGACCCAGAGGAGAGAGAGCACAGGAGUGGCUGUUUUUAGAUGGGUCGGUGCGGAUGUCUGUCAAUAAAAACAAGCAACCUUAAGCUUUAAUAAGAAAGCAGAGAGUCCCGGUCAUUAGACUGAGGCGGUUGUGUGCUUUUCUUUGGAGGAGGGAAGAUGAAUGUACAAUAUGUAUGAACGGCACUCAACCUGUUUGAGAUAAAUGAGGAGUGUGUACUGUACUGUAUAUGAUCCAGAAGAUAGUUUGUGUUUUAUUAUUUAUCAAAAUGCUAAUGGAAGCAUGAUUGUGAGCUUUCUUUGAGGGUGAAUAUAGAUGGCUCCGAAAAGUAUUUGGACAUAUUUUUGCCUUAAAUAAAAGUGGUGUUUAUUUUAAAGACAGCACAAACAAAGUCAUCACAAACACACAUUUAUUACAAUGACCUUGCUUGGUUACAUAAGUGCAAAAACAUUUCAGAAAUUCUUUAAAGAAAAGUUAUUUGCGGAUGCCACUUUUUUUAUCUUUCUCUAUACAAUGCAAUGAAAUUCCAGUGAUAGGUGAGAUGUGAAGAGUCCAAAUAUUUUCCAUGUUUUCUGUAUAAAAGAGAUUGCAAAUGCAUAAACAAGCAGUUUUAACGUAACAUUUCUAAUCGUGACAGGCAAAGACAUAAGACCAUCUUAGACAGAGAAUGAAGAAACCAAAAGAAAAUUAGAAGCCAUGAAAUGCUGAGAGAUUAAGAAAGUAGCAGGAAAGACGGGACGUUAAAACGAACGUGUACAAGACCGAUAUGAGGAGUGAAGGGAGGGAGGGGUAAGACGGAGUGAGAUGAGAAUAAUGCAGGAGACCAAAUCUCUGUUGGCUUCAUUGUUGUCAGCACGCUUCAUUUCCACUUCACACUGUCUCUUUAGAGAUCUGCUUCUGCAUCUCUCCACCCGUGUUGACAAGCGUCCUUUCAAAGAAGGUGUGUGAAUGUGUGUGUUCGCGCGCUGCCAGUUUCUGCUUUAUCGGUUGUGUCUGAGCUGAUUCUUUCAUACGUUUGAGAUUUGUGUAUAUUGUGUACAUUUUCUUCCCGUGUAUGCACUAACAUAACAUAUCUGUACAGUACCUCUUCGCCAAAUGUAUAUACUGAAUGUAAUGUUUGGGGACGUGGAGGCUUUGAGAUUCUGACAAAUAAAGUUUAUGGGUCUAACUUA